GUCGUUAACAGCCUGCUCUUGAUCAGCGUCUGUUCCAAUUCCUGGCGACAGGGUUCGCCUCGAACAGUGCCGACCCUACAUGCGGAGGAACUUGUGAUUGGGAUUUUUAUCUAUUUAUCGGGUACCUACUUGGCACUCCGAGAAGCAUGGAUAGAUGGAAUUUAUUUCGCCCGACAAGGCACUGAGCCUGGAGGGCCUUGGCACUGUGGCUUGGUUUUGACACACGUGAUCUUGCUUUCUCGGAGCGAUUCUCUAUUGGCUGGGGAUUUUGGAACCGGGAACCCACACCGCUUGGUAUACUAUAUAUGUAGGCAAGACCAAGUACCUAAGGUUCCCUACUUAAACUUGUCUCGAUUCCAAAACAAUUUGACCAGACACCCCGCUCGAAUAAAACACCCAGCUUCACAGUAUUCACCCUAUAAGUAAGAAGCAGCAGCAAUGCCUAUCUAUGGCUCAACAAGCAGCAUUGAACCUGUAUCUCCGGGUAUUGUGGUAAAGAAACCUCAUCAGCUUGGAGAGGAAUACUUCGACAGACGGUUUGCAAAUAACUUCUCUGUGGAGCGACAAAUCCUUAAGAGACUAGGCCAGCACCCUAGGAUUGUCAGAUAUCUCGGCCUACAAGGUGAUGGCAUCCUUCUUGGCGAAGCUAGCCAUGGCAACCUCCAGACGUACCUUGACGAGCAUCACGCGUCCACCUCGCUAGACCAGCGCCUGCUCUGGUGCCGCCAACUUGCCGAGGCCCUCGAUUAUAUCCACAGCCGCGGCGUACUACACUCAGACCUCCGCCCGGGCAAUAUCCUAGUCCAUGAGACAACGCCGGGCGCACGGGACCUACUGCUCGCCGACUUUGGUGGCUCGGUAUGCGAGGAGCUCGGCCUGGACGGGCUGUCCCUGCCUGACGGUCCGUUCUAUAGUCCUGUCUUUAACUGGCAGUCGAGCGUGCUACUAGACUUGUUCGGCAUGGGGUCGAUAUUCUAUACAAUCCAUACAGGAAGGUGGCCGUAUAAGCUAACACCAGGGCGGUUUGAUAAAGUUGACGACCGGCUAGAAUGGGAGGACAAGGUGGUAUAUCCUAACUUCCAACAGGACAAGUUUCCUGAUGAUGUCAGGGAUUUGCCGGCUGGAGACGUGAUUUUGGCAUGCUGGAAAAGAGAGUUUGCAACGGCGAAAGACGUGCUGGCGGCUCUGGAUAAAUAUCUCGAGGUACGGGGGAAGAAGUAUGCCGAGCCAAUAGCCGUCAUGGAGGAAAAGCGUGGAGGAGAUGAACUUAAUGAUAACGUAGUGGGUGUGGAAGACCGAGGUGACCAUUAUGUAGGUAGAUUAAUCAGUCUUAUAUAGAGCUAAGGGAGAAAGGAACAGGGGAAUUCUCAGGAUGUGGAAAUUGGGUGACGGUCGGUGCCUGGUGUAUUACACGUUCCAACGUGGCUUUGGUGCUGCGGUCAUCAUUUGAAACAAUGGAAUGUGCUCUCUGAAUAGCACCUCCAGGCGGCGGACGCGAGGCUGGCUGAGCAGGGACCUGGACUUGGGAGGGCGUGCGACAGGAGCCUCGCGUCAAAUAUAUUUUCCAGAGCAGGGGCUGCAUCGUCCU